GUCAGCUUUACGUUAAGCCCCAGUUUAACUCAAUUCAAAUUUCAGGCAGAUUUAUUUCCAGUAUGAACACAAGUACACCUGCAUGGAGCAGCCGUAGCAGACUUUGACUGUCACCUGCCGCCGUCAGGUUACCUGCUCUCGUGUCGUUCCUCUUGGAGCUGUUUCCUGCUUUCUGGCCCGAAGAAGACCGAUAAAAAAAACAGCCACCAUGUCAGGUUUAACGCUACAGAACGGCUGCCUGCAGGGACUGGAUGAAGGGGAUAUUCUUGACCCACAGUUUCAGCAGCGAUUGGAAGAUGCCCGUACUCUGCUCAGGCAGGAGAUCCAGCGAGAGCUGAAGAUCAAGGAGGCUGCUGAGAGGCUGCGACGGGCAGUCACCAAUCGCAAGAGUGCGGCCGACGUGGAAGGCCAACUCAAGGCCUCGAACCGCAAGCUGGAGAAGUUGCACUGGGAACUACAGGAGCUCAACGCCAGGUCUAUGGCCACAGAGAAGGACAACACCACAGGCUGCUCGGAAGAAGAAGACAACCUGUCACCAGAAUCGUGUCAGUGGGAAGAGAUCACAUCACCACUGGCAGGGCGAGUCAGAACCCUGAAGAAACAGCUCACCAUGGAAACCAAAGUCAAACAGGGUGCUGAGAACAUCAUCCAGACCUACAACAACAGUUCAGUCAAGGACAGGAAGAUGCUGUCUUCAGCCCAGCAGAUGGUGCAGGACAGCCGCACUAAGAUUGAGCUGCUCCGCAUGCAGAUUAUCAAAGUCAGUCAAGCCAAAGACGGGGAACGAGAUGGUAUACAUGGUCAUCCUUUGGAGUUGAUCAGUCCUCUGGAGCUGCGGGUGGCUGAACUCAUGCACCACAUGAAGAUUGAAUCAGCCGUAGCAGAAGGCGCCAAAAAUGUGGUGAGACAGUUGAGUGGGCGUAAGAUCCAGGACCGCCGCAUACUUGCAGAGGCCCAGGCACGAAUGCAAGAGUCGUCUCAGAAGGUGGAUUUGUUACGUCUCUCUCUGGAAAGACGUUUGAGCGAGCUGCCUCAGGACCAUCCCAAACACACUGCCAUCAAAGAGGAACUACUGUUGAGAACCUCGCCUACCUACGGCACACCAAAGAAGCAACCUCCGUCUUCUUCCUCCUUCUUCAAACCAGCUAGUUUAACAGGACGGUUAGAAGUAUGUUUGAUGGGCUGCCAAGACCUGUUGGAGUCUGUUCCGGGCCGUGGUCGUGUGACCAGUGUCUCAGCUACUCCUGGAAGCCUGUCAGAUGGAAAGUCUCUGAAGGUGAGAGCGGGACUCUCAGGACGUAAUGCCAACGGCAAGACAACCAAGGCUGAUGACCUGUCCUCUGAGAUAAGCGCUGUGCUGAAGGUGGACAACAUGAUAGUGGGACGCACUCACUGGAGACAGCUGGGGAAAGAAGCCUGGGGCCAGAGCUUCAGCAUUGAACUGGAACGGUCCAGGGAGCUGGAAAUUGCUGUGUACUGGAGAGACUGGCGAGCGUUAAGUGGGGUGAAGUUCCUGCGGCUGGAGGAUUUCCUGGAUAAUCGGAGACACGGCAUGUGUCUGCAGCUGGAGCCUCAGGGCAUCCUCUUCAUUGAGGUGACGUUUAUCAAUCCUGUCAUUGAACGGCGCUCUAAGCUCCAGAGGCAGAGAAGAAUUUUCCCUAAAGAAAAAGGGAAGGACUUUCUGCGAGCUGCCCAGAUGAACAUGAACUUUGCCACUUGGGGCCGUCUGAUGAUGAGCAUCCUGCCUCCCUGCAGCUCCCUGGAGCCUAUGAGCCCUCCAUUAGCAGGCCCUAACACUGGCCCCACAUCAUCCACCACCUCUCCAGCACGAGAACCUGCUGUGGUGAGUCUGAAUUUUACUGAGGAACAACCAGGCAGAUCUCCACAUCGCACCAGAAAGAACACUAAAGACUCUCCACUGUCUCCCAGUAUGAAGAAGAGCCCAACGCCUGUACGACAACCCUCCAUCCAUCCACCUCCAAAGAGACAUGAAGGGCUACAGCUGGAAGACUUCAACUGCAUUUCAGUUCUAGGAAGAGGUCAUUUUGGAAAGGUGCUGCUAGCAGAGUAUAAGAAGUCUGGAAAACUGUUCGCCAUCAAAGCCCUGAAGAAAGGAGACAUCGUGACACGUGAUGAAGUUGACAGCCUCACAUGUGAAAAGAGGAUCUUUGAAGUCAUCAACGCGUCACAUCAUCCUUUCCUGGUGAACCUGCACGGCUGCUUCCAGACUGCAGACCACGUGUGCUUUGUGAUGGCCUACUCCCCCGGAGGAGACCUGAUGAAGCACAUUCACACCAGCAUCUUCACUGAGAAACAGACCCGGUUUUAUUCAUCGUGCGUGCUGCUGGGUCUGGAGUUUCUCCACCAAAACAAAAUAGUUUACAGGGAUCUGAAGCUGGAUAACCUGCUAAUGGAUGCAGACGGCUUUGUCAGGAUAGCAGACUUUGGUUUGUGUAAAGAAGGUAUGGGCCACGGGGAUCGCACUUCAACGUUCUGUGGAACACCAGAGUUUCUGGCUCCAGAGGUGCUUACAGACAACAACUACACCCGCAGUGUGGACUGGUGGGGACUGGGGGUCCUCAUCUAUGAGAUGCUGGUGGGGGAGUCGCCCUUCCCCGGCGAUGAUGAAGAAGAAGUGUUUGACAGCAUUGUCAACGAUGACGUGCGCUAUCCUCGCUUCCUCUCACCUGAGUCCGUGUCCCUCAUGCAAAAGCUGCUGCAGAAAAAUCCUGAGAUGAGACUCGGAGGAGGACAGGAAGACGCCUCACAGAUCAAAAAACACAAAUUCUUCCAGGGAGUGGACUGGGACGCUCUCCUGGCCAAGAAGGUGAAGCCGCCCUUCCUGCCGGUCAUCAGAGCGCAGCAGGACGUCAGUAACUUCGACGAGGAGUUCACUCGCCUCAAGCCGGUCCUCACCCUCCCGCGAACACCCUGCGUCCUCACCGCCGAGCAACAAGAAGUCUUUGCUGACUUUGACUUCUCUUUCAUCAGUUGACCAGAAGGGAUUCACCCUCCGUGCUGCCGCAUCACCGUCAAAAGUUGUACCUGCUUUUAUUUGCCAAAAAGCUCCUCUGAUUCAACAGAAGCUGAGAAACUGGUCCUGCCUUUUUUCACGUCCAACGCAGUUCCACAUUUCCAGGUUCACAUCAUCUCUGUCUGCGGCUGGUUUACUGCAGUCCUUCAGAUACACUGUACAAACUCAGCCUGACACUUCAUGCUGAGAUGUUGGAUCAAAAGGAUAUUUACUGUUUCCACUCUGAAUGAACUGUCUCAAGAGCAAUAAUGGGUUUUUUGCUUUUUUUUAACAAACAGGCAUUGUGCCAGUGAUGCUCAGAACAUCAUCACUGCUUUCACAAUCUGAAGUACUACACUGUAAAUAUUUAUGAUCUCAAUGAAGGAGGCUGAAGCACUGAAUGUACCGUCUGCUACUCAGUGUAACCGUUACAACUGUUGUUAACCUCUUAUGUUGUUGGGAUGUAAUAUACUGAAAAUAGCCAUAUUUGUUAAUUUAAGUUCUUUCAUAGAUAUUGUUUUGUAGUAUCAGUUGUAUUUGGAGUUUUUAAUCACUAUCAUGAAGAUUAUGCUUAUACAGAAUAAACCAGCUUAUAUGUAAAGUGUAAACGACAUGAAGGAAAAUAUGAAUGAAUAAAUUUAUAUCUGCUGGACUUUAAAUGAC